AUGGAGAUCAAUUUAGUUUCAUUUCUCCUCUUAUUCUCCUCCAUUUUUAUUAGAGUUAGAAAAUGGAGAAGCCAAAAACAAAAGUUACCUCCAGCUCCAUGGAGACUCCCACUCACUGGGAGCUUGCAUCACUUGAUUAGUGGACAUAAUCCACAUCGUAUUUUUAGAGAUCUAGCUCGAAAUUAUGGCCCUGUCAUGUACUUGGAACUAGGGGAAGUUCCUACCGUGAUAAUAUCAUCACCUUCUACGUCGAAACAAGUUUUAAAAACUUAUGAUCUCGCCUUUGCUAGUAGGCCACAGUUUACAUCCACUGAUAUUGUAAUGUACAAUAAUAAAGGCAUUGCCUUCGCUGAAUAUGGUGACUACUGGAAACAGAUGCGCAAAAUUUGCACAACGGAACUUCUAAGUGCAAAGAUGGUCAAGUCAUUUAGCUCAAUUCAAAAGGAUGAGCUCUUGAAUGUCCUCUCAUCAAUUGAUUCUUGCGGGUGUACCUGUGAAGUGAAAAUGACGGAAAGAAUUGUUAGGUUCACGAGCUCUGUGACAUGCCGAUUGGUGUUUGAAAAAUUAUGCAGGGAUCGAGAUGAGCUAAUAAAUUUGAUGAAAGAUGCGUUGAUUUUAGUAGGAGGAUUUGAUGUGGGUGAUUUCUUCCCUUCGUGGAAGUUACUUUACAAAAAGAGUGUUGCAAAGUCGAAAUUGGUAAAGAUGCAGCAAAACGUUGAUUCAGUAUUGGAGAGCAUUAUUAAUGAACAUAUUAAGAAUCGAGCAAUGGGGACAAAGGGUAAUGGUGCGUAUGGAGGUGAAGAUUUAGUUGAUGUUUUCCUAAGAAUCAAGGAGAAUGAUCAACUUCAAUUCCCAGUUACCAAUGACAACAUAAAAGAUGUGAUUUUGGACAUGUUUACUGGUGGGAUUGAAACUUCAUCUACAACUAUUAUUUGGGCAAUGUCUGAGUUGAUGAAACAUCCAGAUAUUAUGGUCAAGGCACAAAGUGGAGUGCGACAAGCCUUCAAAGAGAAAACGGACUUUGAUGAAGAAGAUCUUGAUAACUUGCCGUACCUAAAGUUAGUGAUUAAAGAAACAUUAAGGCUACACGCUCCAAAUAUAGUCCACAGAGAAUGCAGAGAAGAAACAAUCGUUGAUGGAUAUACAAUACCUGCUACGGCCACUGCACUAGUCAAUACAUGGGCAAUGGGAAGAGAUCCAGAAGUUUGGUAUGAUCCCGAGAGUUUCAUACCAGAGAGAUUUGAAAAUUCUCCUAUUGACUAUUUGGGAAAUAACUAUGAGUAUCUCCCAUUUGGCGCAGGAAAAAGGAUUUGUCAAGGAAUGCAGUUUGGUUUAGCUAAUGUUAAACAACCUUUGGCUCGACUCCUCUACCACUUUAACUGGGAACUUCCACAUGGAACAAGUUCAAAAGACUUGCAUAUGAGUGAGAAAAGUGGAUUAAGUGCAGCGAAAAAGAAAGAUCUCUACUUAAUUGCCAAAACGAAUCAAAGUUUGGAGAUCUAA